CUUUUUUAUGUGCUAUAGAUAUCGGUAGGGGCCAGUGUGUGGCUUGUGGAAUAUAUAAACAACCUGAUUCUAUUGCCGUCAUCGCAUCUACAUUUUCAAACCAGUUCCACGACUCGAGAGCCUGAGCUUGUCAAACGCCACUGUUCCGAUACAAAACUGAGUUGUAUCGAAAUGCGAGCAAUAUUCUCAAUUCAAGUUUAAGUGACGCCGCAGCUUUUAUAUUCCGCAAGUUUUGUGCCGAUGUCGCGACGGUCUCGAGGAAGCAACACAUGGGAGGUGCGUGCAUCGACGUUGGCUCGCAAUACCCAUAACCUGAUAAGGGACAUCGUCGAGAACCUUCAGGUAGAGCCAAACCCUGAGAAGCAGCUCAUAGCUCUUUCAGUCGGUGAUCCGACAACUUUUGGAAAUCUUAACCCUCCCGAGCAAGUACUGCAAGCUGUUCGGGAGAGUAAUGAAUGGCUAAGCAGUCGCAGUUAUGGCCCUGCAAAGGGACACAUCGAAGCCAGGGUGGCCGUAGCGCAGUACAGUGCCCACCAGGGAGACAUUUCACCCGAAGACGUCAUCCUGUGCAGUGGGUGCUCACAUGCAAUAGAACUUGCUAUCACAGUGAUCGCAGACUCAGGACAAAAUGUAUUGGUUCCCCGUCCUGGCUUCAUGAUAUACAAGACUGUCGCCGAAGGAUUAGGCAUUAAUAUCAAAUAUUAUGACCUAUUGCCAGAUCAACAAUGGAAGAUAGAUCUCGAGGAUCUAGAGAACCAGAUUGAUGAUGACACUGCCGCUAUAGUCGUAAUAAAUCCGUCGAACCCAUGCGGAUCAGUAUAUGAUAAGGGACAUUUAUACGAGAUACUUGAUAUAGCAUCGAGGAACCAUGUUCCCAUCAUUGCUGAUGAAAUAUAUGAACAUUUUGUGUUCUCAAACCAUGAAUUCACUGCACUAUCAGCCCUAUCGGUAGAUGUACCGAUACUAACAUGUGGUGGCCUCACCAAAAGGUUUUUAGUACCUGGCUGGCGUAUGGGAUGGGUCAUUAUCCAUGACAGGCAUAAUAUAUUUGGAAAAGAAGUUCGAAAAGGUUUGUCAAAUCUGGCCUCUAGAAUUUUAGGGCCAAACACCUUAAUACAGAGGGCGUUACCAGCAAUCCUGACUUGCACGCCACAGAGCUUUUUCGAUGAAGUUGUGUUGUUUAUAGAGAACCAAGCAAAAUUGGCAUUUGAUGAACUACGGUGCGCUCCAGGUUUGCGUCCCAUAAUGCCACAGGGCGCUAUGUACAUGAUGAUUGAGAUAAAAUUAUCAUUAUUUCCAAAAUUCAAAAAUGAACUUCAAUUUGUUGAACGGCUGGUCGCUGAACAGUCGGUGUUUUGCUUACCCGGACAGUGUUUUGCCUACCCCAAUUAUAUGAGGAUAGUUUUGACUGUGCCCGAAGAUAUACUGAGAGAGGCUUGCAAAAGAAUGAUAAUCUUCUGCAACGACCAUAUCGUAUCUAGAGAGACCAUCAAGGAGAUUGAGAGUGAUAUAGUGACUGUACCCAGUGACAACGAAGUCAUUUGUGACAACGGCACUGCGCAUGUUGCUUAGAAUAAUGUGUUUUGCUUAUAAUAGUUAAUAAUUGCCAUUUAUUAUAUAAAAUACACGUGUGCCUACCAAGAUGUUUUUACAAAACCGUACUUCGUAAAUAUAUUACACCGGUAGUUUGAGGUGGACUCAAUUUUCUAUGGAUUUUUAUCUAAAGAAAUAGUAACUAGACUUCAUGAUUUUAAAUAUUAUUGUUGAAUAAAUGUUGCCAUAAUGAAAACUACGAAUGAGACACACUGCCCUAAUUUUUAGUGAAAUCAUUGUAGAUUUUUCAUGUGUACUUAACUACAUCGGCGACGUGUUUAUUGUUGUCUCUUUCCAACGAUAUGAUAAAGUGUU